CGCCAACCCAUCUUUCUUUAAUUCCUAGUUUAAAACCUCUCUUUAUAAUGCUCAAUCUUUGCAAACUCUGUAAACAAAACACGCCUCAAAGAGAUCAGAAAGAUGGUGAAUCUUGUAGCAGCUCAGAAGCCCUUGUUGCAUGGCCUAAUGAAAAUGGCAGGAGUGAAACCCCAUUUGGUGGAGAUCGAGCCAGGCACAAUCAUGAACUUCUGGGUUCCAGUUGAGACCAUUAAGAAACAGAAACCCAGAAAAGGUGAGAAAACCAACACCAAAACCUCCUUAUCUAAACCAACCAAACCUGUGGUGGUUCUUGUCCAUGGCUUUGCUGCUGAGGGCAUAGUCACUUGGCAAUUCCAAGUUGGUGCCUUAACCAAAAAGUACUCCCUUUAUAUCCCCGACCUUCUGUUCUUCGGUGGCUCCAUCACCGAUAAAACCGACCGCUCACCCACUUUUCAAGCAGAAACGUUGGUGAAGGGUCUGAAGAAGCUAGGAGUGGACAAGUGUACAGUGGUGGGUUUUAGCUAUGGUGGUAUGGUGGCAUUUAAGAUGGCUGAGUUAUACCCUGAGUUGGUUCAAGCCAUGGUGGUGUCUGGGUCGAUUUUGGCCAUGACUGACUCGAUCAGCAACACGACGUUGAGUAGUCUUGGGUUCAAAUCUUCCUCAGAGCUUUUGUUGCCUACUUCUGUUAAGGGUCUUAAAGCUCUACUUUCAGUUGCUGCUUACAAGAAGCUCUGGUUCCCAAAUCGCCUUCACAAGGACUUCCUUGAGGUCAUGUUUGCCAACAGGAAAGAGAGAGCUGAGCUCCUAGAGGGAUUAAUAAUCAGCAACAAAGACCCCACCAUCCUCAGAUUUUCUCAAAAGAUACUUCUCCUAUGGGGUGAGAAUGACCAAAUAUUCAAGAUCGAACUCGCACAGAACAUGAAUGAGUAUGCUUCUCACUGCUUUCUAAUUAACCUGUCAAUUCCUAUGUUCAGCCACAAAUCUAGACCACUAAUUAGAAUGUUUGGUGGAUUAGAAAUCAGGAUAAAUUAUUUAACACCCUCUGAAAUUUUUCUGCAAUAUAAUGUAUGAUCCUUGCAAUUUUAGAAUUAGAAAUUUUAUUAAUCUGAGAAAAAUAUAAAUUUUAAAGAACUAAGUGUAUAAUUUACGAACUAAAAUAUAAUUAUAUUUAAAAAUUUUAGUGAUUAAAAUGUAACCCACAUGAUUUUUAUGGUGGACAUUUAAUACCAUGCAAUAAUCCCUAUUGUGUACGUUAUCCGGAUAAGUUGAUUUAAAUGAUCAAAACACAAAGCUCAAGCACAGAGGUCCACAGACAGGAUGGUCUUAGACCAUAUCCAUAUUAAAGCAUACUUCCAAGUACUGAAAUGAAAUUGA